AUCGCGUUGACGCUGGGUAAUACUUCAUUCAACAAAAACGGAGUGGGGAUGACGACUUCUAAGCAAGAUAUCUAUUUCGGGGAAAUAGCAAUUGGUACUCCGGGGCAACGUUUCACAGUUCUGUUUGAUACCGGCAGUAGUGAGCUUUGGGUACCGUCUGGGAAAUGGCCGGGCAAGAAGCCUCACAAUCUUUACGAGUCGGAAAAAUCAAGCACUUACAAACCCAGUGCCAUCAAGUACGGGCGAGGUGCUCUCACAGGCUUUCUAAGCAUUGACACUGUCGAUGUUGGUGGAAUUACUAUAACUGAUCAGUCCUUCACAGAGGCCCGUUCUACUCCGAGUAUAGAAGACCCACUUCUAGAUGAAACCUUUGAUGGCAUAUUGGGACUUGGGAGUCCUCAACUUUCUUCAACAAAAACUGUUCCUGUCUGGUAUUCGAUGAUGAAACAAGGAAAGAUUGAAAAGAACAUUUUCUCCAUAUGGCUUGGGAGGUCUGAGAGCUCUGGAGCAGGAGGGGAGAUAGUGUUCGGAGGAACAAACCCAGCUCACUAUACGGGACAGCACACUUAUGUCACCGUGAAAGGGCGUAGACACUCUUUCCAAAUGAACAACAUAUUUGUCGGAAAAGCAGAUACCAAGAGAUGCUCAAGAGGCUGCAAAGUGUUUGUUGACUCGGGCACUACAAACAUUAUUGGUCCAACGUUACAAAAAUAAAAUAAGAUAAUACUUAGUGAAGAAUUUUAUAUUAAUUGUCGCACGAUCAAAUUUUUGUUUUUUGUUGACGUAAUUUGAUUAUAGGCUAUGAUCAAGGACAUCAAUGAUAGAAUCAAACUAUCACCAGAUUGCAAAAAGUUCAAGAAGCUGCCUGAUGUAACCUUUUCGAUAGA